GUAUGAGCGAGCUCUGGCGUGGAAGAUCACAGACAUCCGGGGGAUCAGCCCUUCCUUCUGCUCCCACCGGAUAUUGAUGGAGGAUGAGAUGCGGCCAGUGAGACAGCCGCAGAGAAGACUGACACCGAACCUGGAGGCUGUGGUUCGGGCAGAGAUCGUGAAGCUGCUGGACGCGGGGAUCAUCUUCGUCAUUUCCGACAGCGAGUGGGUCAGUCCCACCCAGGUGGUACCCAAAAAGGGUGGGAUGACUGUGGUGCCUAACGAGAAGAAUGAGCUGAUCCUGAUGCGCACGGUGACUGGGUACCGUGUCUGCAUUGAUUACUGGCGUCUCAACGACACCACUCGGAAGGACCACUUCCCGCUACCAUUCAUUGAUCAGAUGCUGGAGAGACUGGCGGGGCACGAGUUCUACUGUUUCCUGGAUGGGAUGUCCGGGUACUUCCAGAUCCCUAUUGCACCGGAGGACCAGGCAAAGACCACUUUCACCUGCCCCUUCGGCACCUUUGCCUACCGGAGGAUCCCAUUCGGGCUAUGCAAUGCCCCGGCCACUUUUCAGCGAUGCAUGCUCGCUAUCUUUGACCGUCUGGUCGGCGAGAUUAUGGAGGUGUUUAUGGACGAUUUCUCGGUUUAUGGAGACUCAUUCUCUCACUAUCUCCAUAACCUGGAGCUUGUCCUUAAACGGUGUGAAGAAACGAACCUGGCACUGAGUUGGGAGAAGUGUCACUUCAUGGUUCGAGAAGGCAUAGUUCUUGGGCAUAAGAUCUCCAUGAUGGGGAUUGAGGUGGACAGAGCGAAGAUCAAGACUAUCAGCAAGCUGCCUCCUCCUACAUCUGUUAAGGGGAUUCGGAGUUUUCUUGGUCAUGCAGGGUUCUACAGGCGGUUCAUCAAGGAUUUCUCGAAGAUUGCCCUGCCCCUGACUAAUGACUCACUUCUACUGUCACUCCAGGAAUUGGCCAAGUGAAACAACUUCCUAAAGCGUAGUAUAGCGGGUUUAGGUUUAAAUGUCAACCCGGGUCCUAGAUUUGAUGACUACUCAGUUGUUAUCUAGCAAUGAAACUUUAAUGCAAGUCUAAACUACCAAACAAACAAAGCAAGUAAACUGUUGUAUUCAGGUUAAGAGAGGUCACUCGGAUAUGGUUCCCCCUAGACUGCAGUUAAGCCGGAUUGUAAUUACCAAGUUAAGUUUCUAUGAUAGUUAUACUGCGGAAGGUUCUUAAACAGCCUGAAGUCUCGACUAAAGGUGUUUAGACCCUCUCAAUCUGAGUCUCUAGCGGGCGACUAACCUCCACCGGAGUAAACAGAUUGAGGCCCUAUGAACAAAACCUCCACUACCGAAGUGAAUCUGGUACAGAAUAGUGAGUUGGCUCCUCGACUAAAGUCACCAACUCCCUACCUUCAAUCAAGGAUGCUCUAUCAACCUAGGAAGAUAUUCUCAUUCUAGGUUAAAGCAGAAAACAACAGGAAUUUGAUCAGGAUUCAAGUCAUUCAAUCAUUCAAACCUCAAUCGAAUAUAAUCAAAUCAUAGAAUCAGUACUUGGGUUCAUACAAUCAAAACCUAACAUACAAAUCUAGGGUUCUCCAUACCAGAUGAAUGGGAGAACUACUCCAUGGAGAAAGAAGCAAAAGCAGAAUCAGACGCGGAAGCAGAAUCAAACGCGGAAUUCAUACUGUGAAGGAUGGAUUCCUGCUCCUGGACGUUGAUCGGCACUUCUCCAAGCUCAAACUGGCCUCCAAUGGUGAUGAAGAUCAAGCUAGGGCACUUGGAGACUCUUGUUCGUCGCUUUCUCUCUCUAGGAAUCGCUCUAUCUCUCUCAAAACUCGAAUCCCCUUCUGUUUUGGCUGAAAUCUGCUUAAAAGGGCAUCAGUGGCCAAAGCACGGUCGAGGGCACGGCCGUGCUUUGCCUCAGCCCGCCCGUGCUUCUAGUGUUAAUUACACGGCCACCCUGUUGGUGCAAACACGGCCGUGCUUUUGGGAGGACACGGCCGUGCUUUGAUGGACACGGCCGUGCUUUCAGCCCGUGUUUGCAGCUUGAAUUCGCCAAACUCAAUUAGCUCUCGGCAGUAAAAGCACGGCCACAGAACACGGCCGUGUUUUGUUUUAGGUGUGCCCGUGUUUUGGCUCCAGCUCGACGAAAUGACUUCCGAAUGCCCCGAAACUCGUGCUUAGCCUUUCCUUUGAUGCCUGGGACCUGAAAUAUGACAAAAUAGCACAACCCGGCGUAAAAUAGGCCAAAAAUACACGACUAUGCCCCUCAAACGGAUAAGAACUAGGGGCGCAAAUAUGUGCAAUUACAUCGUUAUCAAAUUCCCCCACACUUAACCGUUUGCUUGUCCCUAAGCAAACCUAACUCAAACCAAUGCAACUCUCCAGACCUCUAUAGCAACAAACAACCCAGAUCGUAGGUAGAGGACUUCCUAGAUCAUUUAGCAGCUUACGAGGUCAACCGACGCACAAGUCAUCUCUUAGCUUCUUCGGCGAGAGCACUAGUAUCAAGUCGGCAUCAUGGCAAAUAGUGAACAGAGGACAAAUGAAUUGUGGAUGAAGAGAUUCUCAAAAACAAAGAAUCAUGGGCUCA